AAGUGCAAAUUAGCCGAGAAAAAUAUUCAAAAUUAAAAUAAGAGAAAGAAAAAUCCGUUGAGCGAGAGAGAUGUCGGGUUACGAGAGCGUGAGGACCAAAGACGACGAGAAAUUCAAUGUAGACCUAGAGGGCGGCUGCGGUGAUCAACUGUACCCAGGUAUUAGCCUUGGGGAAAACCAACUCCGAUGGGGAUUCAUCCGUAAGGUCUACGGAAUUUUGGCCGCCCAGAUCGUGUUGACCACUUUGGUCUCCUUCGUCACCGUCCUCUACUCUCCCAUCAACGAUCUCCUCAGGGGCAGUUCCGGCCUCAUCAUUCUCCUCUCCCUCCUCCCCUUCAUCUUGUUGUGGCCGUUGCAUGUGUAUCACCAGAAGCACCCUGUGAACCUGAUUGUUCUUGGUCUCUUCACUGUGUCAAUAAGUCUCCCUGUUGCCGUGACCUGCGCUAAUUCCUCAAGUAGGAUUGUGCUUGAAGCACUAAUUCUAACCUCAGCUGUAGUAUGCUCUUUAACUGGCUACACUUUCUGGGCCUCUAAGAAGGGCAAGGACUUCAGCUUCCUUGGACCAAUUUUAUUCACCAGCCUCAUUAUCCUUGUCCUGACUAGCUUUAUGCAGAUGUUCUUUCCUCUUGGAUCAACUACUGUCGCUGUAUAUGGUGGAAUUAGUGCCCUGGUCUUCUGUGGAUACAUUGUUUAUGACACUGAUAAUUUGAUCAAGCGCUUCACAUAUGACCAAUAUAUUUUGGCCUCUGUCACUCUUUAUUUGGAUAUACUGAACCUGUUCAUUUCCAUUUUGCGGGUGCUGAGGUCAGCUGACAGUUAGGCAUACAGUGGUCUACAACCAGCCUGGGUUAGUCUUGAAACAGACCAUGUGUUGGCCAGUUUAUAUGUACUUUAAAUUUGAAACUGAAGUAUGAACCAUGGUAUUGAAGAUAUUGUACAUGUUCCCAUGUACUCGUGUUAGUGUCCUCGCAAACUUUCUUAAGUGUGAUAAACAGACAUAUAAUUGGGAUAUUUAUACAUUUGAUGCUCUUGCCCUCUGCAAA